AUGGCCCUCCUCGUCCGGCACCGAUCCCUCUUGCUCGGCCCCAGAAACCUUGUAACGCGCUGUGGCCUGGCUCGACAGUACUCGACCCUCCCUACCCCUCCUCCUCCACAUUCAUUUCCAAGUUCGUCAAGUUCGGAUGCAGACCCGGCAAAGGCACCAGAGUCUCCAUCACUCCCAUCAGACCCCAGUCCAAGUCCAAGUCCGUCCGAGCUUCCUCUGCUCAGCGAUGUCGCAAUCCCACUCGGCGACGGCAGUGAGCCAGUGACUGCGGCCUCUCGGCCGAGCACUCUCGACUUGAGCCCCGACCCCAGCCCCAACCCAAGUCCCAACCCAAGUCCCGACUCCAGCCCCGACCCAAGCCCUCCUGACAAUGGCACGACCACCACCCCCACUGGAGGAAGCUCAUCGGCCCUCGACCGUCUCGACCCCAACGGCGAAUACCAGGCUCGAAUCAACGAGUGGAAGGAGUCACUGGACAAGAAGAGCCGUGAACUGGCCGACAAUGCAUACAAGGGCCUGACUUUCCUUGGCCUCAAGGUCAACGAGGCGACAGGAUACCGCGAGGUCGAGCUGCUAAAGCAGGCUGUCAAGGACCGAGAACACGACCUCAGUUCCAGGCGCCAGGAGGCACGCGUCGCAAAGAAAGACUACGAGGAGGCCGUCUCCACCCGUGCGACAUCACAGCAGAGCGUCAAUGCUCUGCUCGAACGGAAGCACUCGUGGAGCGACAGCGACGUUGCCAACUUCACGUCGCUCGUCAGGUCCGACCAUGCCUCGAGGCAUGCAGUGACGACGACGUCGGAGCAGCUCAAAAAGUCCGAGAUCGACGUCGACAAGGCCUUCACCUCGCUCAUGCAGUCAAUUCUCGAGCGCUACCACGAAGAACAGGUCUGGAGCGACAAGAUCCGCAGCGUGUCCACCUGGGCCGGCCUCAUCGCCCUCGCUGCCAACCUGAUCGUCUUUGUUGGCGCGAUCGCGUUUGUCGAGCCGUGGAAACGCCGCCGUCUCGUAGGGGGCUUGGAGGAGCGCAUGUCGGGCAUGAUGUCGCGCGUCGAGAGCGAGAUCAGCCAUUUGUCUGCUGCUGUGGCGAAGCUGGAUCCCGCGGCCACCACAGGGGCCACCGCCGCCGCCGUUGCGACUGUCUCCCCGACAACAGAGUCCGAAGUUGUUGCCGAGGCACCACAAGCAGCUGCGUCCCAGCAGACUGAAGAAUCCGAGGUCAAGCCGUCGCCCACACCCAGCGAGGCCACGACCCUGUCGCCCAUCGAACAGCUGUCGGCCGCCGCCCCAAGCUCGUCAAAACAGUCGGAGCUGCUCUCGUGGAUUGUUGCCCAGCUGGGCCGCAUUUCCCCACCGACGGUCGAACGCGACCUGGGAGCGGCGGGUGUCGCUGGAGCCGUGGCUGGAGCCACAGUGGUUGGGCUGGUCAGCAUUGCCGUUUCAGCAUUUAGGAGCCGUUAG